ACUUCCUGUACAGACAUUCAACUGACAUUUGCUACAAUUGGGCAGACAUGUCUAUCAGAAGAAAGAUAGUCUAUGCUGUUUCUUUGCUGUUAAUAUGUAUUGUUGAAGGUUCACCUGAAGACUUUCUUGAACAUGGAGUCGUAUAUGCUACUGUGGGCCAGAAUCUCACCCUAAACUGCUCUGUGGAUGACAAUGAACUAAAGGUUUCUCAAAUUCAAUGGGAAAAGACCAACAAUGGAAAAAAAGAGAUAUUAGUGGUGCAUAACCCACAAUUCGGGACUGAUGGUAAACUUAAAUCUAGCUUUGCACCUCUACAGAAUAAAACAUCUGGGCAACUAUAUGGUGCAACUCUAAGUUUAUACAUGCUGCACAUGUCAGACAGCGGUCAGUAUUGCUGUGAAAUUGUUACAUUUCCGAAGGGAUCAAUUAAGGACAUCACAAAUCUCUCCAUAGAUGUACAAGAAGAGGAGCUUUCAUUCACCACUGUUGAUGCACAACUUAAUUACGAAAUACAAAUACAAUGCUUGAAAAACAUGACUGGGAUCAUGCAAUCUGGAAUGGUUCUCGAGUGGGUUGUGCAAGGCAAUGGAACUGAAGAAUUAAUCGUAACAUCCAACGGGACGAACAAGAUUGAUAGCAACCUUCCAACAUAUAAAGGUCGUUACCAACUGAACAGCCAUUAUUCACUGAUUGUCAAGUCAGCAAAAACUGUUGACCAUGAAAGAGUAUUCAUUUGUAAGAUCAAGUCACCUUAUAGACAUCUCAAGAGCAGUUCCAGAGUUAAAGUCUUUGGCCAAUCAACGAAACCUGAAAUAACUUUCAAUUACCAAUAUAAUAAUCUCCAUACUUUAAGGAUGACUGGCACUUGUCUUAUUAGGAAUGCAUUUCCCAAACCAAAGCUCACAUGGUACAUAAAUGGACACCUUCUACAGGAUAAGGAAAGAGGAGCUUCGAUACAAUCUGAAGUGUCCAGAGAUGUUGAAGGACAGUACCAAGUGAUGACUACUUUGCACUUACUCAUUAACCAGUCAAAGGGAAAUCAGUCCUUGUGGUGUCAAAGUGCGUUUAUUCAUCAGAACAAAACAUUGCAGAACCAGUCUGAAACAAUGGUUGUCCUUGCCUAUCCUGAUCUAUCCAUAGAAAUCACACAACCGACAACUUUUAUAAAAGAAGGGGACGAUGUACAAAUCCAGUGCAAGAGUAACCUUCCAGCAGAUAAAUAUGUGUUUUGGUCAAGCAAAGUAAGACAUAAAACAUACAGACACAAGUGA